AUGUCAGGCUACAAGCUUGUUUACUUUCCAAUCCGCGGUCGAGGAGAAAGAACUCGAUUGGCUUUCGCAGCGGCUAAAAUUGAUUUCGAGGACACCAGGCUGCCUUUUGAGGAAUGGGCAAAGGAGAAAGCAUGUAAGUGGAUUUCCACAAUAAUCACGCCCUUUUUUCUAAUCACUUAAGCUAUUAUAGUUUUCUAAGCACUUAAAUAGCCUUUUAAAACAGUAUGCUCGAUUGAACAUGGCUUACGCGCGAGGUAAGCUUUACUCGUGUUUGCUGAGUAUAUAAAUAAAAUUAUGUAGUACAGUUUAAUCCUCAAAUCAGUAAAUCUUGUUACUGAGUCGCAUUGGCGACUAGACGGUCAACCAAUGCAGCGAAACCACUCCUAUCUUGCGUACACCUCCUUGCUUGUUUCAAUAAUUUAGCGAUAUUUAUCCAAGGGUGCCGUUGAUAUGGACGCUUGGACUUCGCAAUCGACUUUAUUCACAUCACAACAUAGUGUUUACAACGGCAAACAUGACCAAUAUAUUUUCAAUCACAUUUCUGAGACUGUUUUUUUUUUGUUAUGUGUAGUGCAGGUGUCACGGUGGGCAUGCGCAACCGAAAACGAAACGAGCGAAACGGACGUAACGAACCAAACGAAGUACCUAAACUUAACGUGUGUUCGAGGGAAACGGCCGGAACGACCAAAACGAGUCCAACAAAACAAGUAAUACGACUUACCAUACGUUUACCAUAAUGGUUGAAACAAGCAAAAGGUGGAAAGUUGAGGAAAUAUCAUCGAUGUCUGUUCGACUAUUAUCUCGUAUUUACGUCCGGAACUUCUAAAAAAGACAUUUUUGACAACUUAGUUUUUGCAGGCGGGGGCUGGCAUCUCCGUUUUGCGAACGACAGUGGCGGCCCUGGAGUAUUCACGGCCAUCAACGACGGGACUGAUUGAAACUAAACCGCCUUAUUUCGCAAUUCUCACGAGUCAAUGUAGUGUUUGUAAAGAAAUGUUCAUCUCUUUUUAUCCGUUUUCUUUUUUUUGUUUCAGCUGGCAGACCGCCUUUUGGUCAUUUGCCUUACAUUGUGACUCCGGAAGGAAAAAUCUUGGGACAGUCUAGUUCAAUUACUAAAUAUAUCUGCAAGAAAGGAGGUGAUUUAUCAACAAGGGUUAUUCGUUGGCAUGCUAACUAAAUUCAAUCUCAAAAAUUUCCGGGGGCCAGUUUAAAGGCACGAGGUGUAGCUAGGCGUACAGUUGAUGUCCUGCUAUUCUUAAGAGAUCGUUUUAAAAAUGAAUGGCUUUGUAAGCGAGCUAGACGAAGGGAAUUCUUUACUCUGAUUGGACGCCCGAGAGAGUGAAAUAAUAUAGUACCGUGUUGACCAAGCGUGAAGUCAAGAUGGCUGGAAAUAGACCUUUGUCACGCGGUGGCGAUUUUGUCUCAGAAGCCUUGUUUAUGCAUGGCUAGCCUCGAAGAGAGAACAAGGCUAGCCGUGCAUAAACAAAGCUUUCUAAACUCUGAGACAAAAUGGCCGCCGCGUGAAGGUCUAUUGGCCACGUUUUUUUUUUUUGCGUUUUUAUGGACCUCGACUCGGUCUCGGUCAGUUAAAAAGCAAAAAAGAACUAAACAAGGCCAUUAGGCCAACAUUCCUGCUACCUUGGCUGAAAAAUAGCAAGCUCGGUCAAUAAAUGAUUUAUUACAUGGCCGUCAUAAAGAUAACUUUUUCUUGCUGGACCAACGUGGGAAAUCCCCAACGGGCAAGAUGGUCCAGCAACUUGACCGAUUUCCGUAAAAUAUGGUGGCAACCGGUGUGAAUCCGCACCUGCUUCACAAUCAUUAGCCACAGAAUCUAUGAAAAAUAGCUUUCCCAACGUAUUAAUGACGAACUUAAAAUGCAUCAUCAGCAUUGCAUUUUUUACCCUGCGAGCAGAGUCUCCUUCGAUCUUCCAAGACUACUCUGCUCGCAGGGUAUGCAUUUUUAGCAAAUCCGCUUUCUUUUUCUGCAUUUCAUUUUUACUUUAUGGUUCACAGGACUGUGCCCAGCUGACAGUUUCGAUGAAGCGACAGCGGAUUCGAUAGGUGAUGAAGCUAUGGAUUUGGUUGAGGCUGUGAUCAAGCUACACUUUGAGAAAGACGAAAAGAAGAAGGUAAUGGCUUGGCCGAAAUGGUAAUGGACCAAUUUCAGUAUAUUAAAAUUCCGACCUUGCAACAAGGCUUGGGUACCCUGGAUGCCAGCGGCUUUUUGUGCGCGGUUUCCGGUCUUGGUUAAGUCUAAAAAAGUGACCAGAAGACGUGUCGGCCUGCGAUCAACGAAGCUCCUCGUCGCACGCGAGAAAAAACUUGUGGUACCCAGGGUAAUUCUUCAGGGAAUAAAACAAAAGAAAUGUAUUAUUCAUUGCUGAGCCUCAAGAUGAUUUCUUUUGAUUUAUUCUUUUGAGCCUCGGNUGCCCAGCUGACAGUUUCGAUGAAGCGACAGCGGAUUCGAUAGGUGAUGAAGCUAUGGAUUUGGUUGAGGCUGUGAUCAAGCUACACUUUGAGAAAGACGAAAAGAAGAAGGUAAUGGCUUGGCCGAAAUGGUAAUGGACCAAUUUCAGUAUAUUAAAAUUCCGACCUUGCAACAAGGCUUGGGUACCCUGGAUGCCAGCGGCUUUUUGUGCGCGGUUUCCGGUCUUGGUUAAGUCUAAAAAAGUGACCAGAAGACGUGUCGGCCUGCGAUCAACGAAGCUCCUCGUCGCACGCGAGAAAAAACUUGUGGUACCCAGGGUAAUUCUUCAGGGAAUAAAACAAAAGAAAUGUAUUAUUCAUUGCUGAGCCUCAAGAUGAUUUCUUUUGAUUUAUUCUUUUGAGCCUCGGUGCUAAGUCUGAAUGUUGAUUGGUCUAACCAACCUUGUUCCCAGAGUCCUCUCCUGCUCAUCGCCCCCCAGGAAGAACGAGAGAGAGGAACCUGGGAACGAGGUUUGUAACUUGAGAAAUUACUUGAGUAUGACAAAUCAAACAAGAUAUGUCUUUGAAGCAUUACAUCAAAUAACAAAAAUGACCUUUGAAAAAUUGUUAGGAUAACAAGUUUCCAAUACCACAAUUGCAAUCCCUUUCAGUGUUCUUCAAGUUUGUCUAUCCGUGCUUCGAUCCUUUAGACUGCAGUACAGUCCGUAAUCUUUGGACAUCCAAGUACGCGCGACAAAGGUCUGGAGCGAGGCUGAAAACAGAGAGUGAGACUGGGGAGAGACUGGGAGUGACGAUAAAAAUACGAAUUGACCGUUUUGCAUAUAGUAUUAGCCUGCGAGCAAGCUCUUCAUUUGCUAUUAUUUUGGAGCAAUCAGUGAGGAAGAGUUUUUGUGUUGGAGCCUCACACGCCCGUAGGCUCUUUGAUUGAUUUCGCGAGAGAAUAUCGCGUGUUAUUGUCUACACUUGGCUUCGAAUCUUGUGGUAAACGCUGCAUCCAGUAAUUCCGAAACAGACUUGAGCGUUGUUUCCUUGUGCAAUGUAGUGUUUUCUGGAAGACCAAAAAUAAGUGGAGGUGGCAGCAAACUGACAAAGCCUGUGCCUGAAGCGGUGUGGGACACUUCUGCCUUAGCAACAUUGUAAUGAAAAAAGGGCUUCGAAAAGCUCUUCAAUUAUUAACUAGUAGUUCAAAGCCUGGAUCAAGAAACGCUUUACCCAUGACAAUGUCUCAGUCCACAUGUGAUACUUAAGAAAGAAGAAAGAGACUUACAGAUAUAGAUUAAAACACUCUCAGCGGUCACCGACCCAUCCUAACGUAGCUCACCCUUGCCGCGAUUUAAAUUGCAGCACGCUAGCGCGCCCAACGUAUAACUGCCGUGGUUCUUUUUCCUAUAUUUUAGGAUUCAGUCCCGUGAGGAAAUGAUCUCUAACUUUUGUUUUGUUUUUUAGGAAGAGUCAACGAAGAAAUUUUUCGAAACUACACUUCCUGACGAACUUAAACAUUUUGAAGCUAUUCUUAAAAGCAGGGAUGGGGGCAACGCCUUCUUUUUAGGCGAAAAGGUAAGAUUAGAAGAAUAACAAGGCGUUGCGCGGGGUGAUUUCGGAAUGAGGUGAUCAAGCACAGUCUAACCGCGUUAACCCUUUAAAAGCCCCUACAGUGAUAAAACAUCAAAAUUCUCUUUGUAAUUAUCAAUGCUUUGUCAAACAGAGUGGUCAUGAGAAUUACGGACAUGAUCACACAAGAUGAAUAAUGUUAUCAACUUCUCCCCACUACUUCUGUAGGAAAUGAAUAGGAGCAACAAAUGAGAUUUCAAAUUUUGAUCUUAGGGUUUAAAGGGUCAAUACAGACACUGAGGAUGCCAUAGAAAAUGUCCGUGUCUGUCAUGACUAAAGGGGGAGGGGGGUUGGUUACCAGUGGUGGCUCGGACCGUUAAGAACUUGGCAAAGACCGUUUACGAAAGAGAAAUAAACCAUGCCUGCAAAGCAUAACAAUAUUUUUUUUGUUUCUUUUCUGCAGCUGACCUCUGCCGACAUCCUGUUCUUUGACUUUUGCAACAGCUUUCUUUCAAAGGGUGAACCAACUGUUCCUGAACCGCUCAAGAAGUUUCCGCUGUUGGAGAAACACUACAAUCGUGUGUUAAACGUGCCGGAAUUAAAUGCCUGGAUCACGAAACGCCCGAAAAGCGAACUAUAA